CAAUGAGCCUCACGGCACGCGGAAGGGCGGCGCCGAGAGCGGGGAAGAGGAAGAAAGGAGAGGCUCGUGGUCGGUGCGAGGCUGAGGUUCGAAGGACGGUGGGCCAACAGGACAGACGGUGCUGAGGAGCCUACAAAGAGCCGGACUUCACGAGCCAAGCAAGCACCCGGACCUCAGCGAGCCCAGGAAAGACCCGGACAACACCGAGCACAUGAAAAUGCCCCCCCGGAGGAACCAGAAUGGGCGGCGCCAUCCAGGAGGGCGACCUUCCACUUCCCGGGGUACCGGCGGAACCAGCCAGACCAGCCGACCGGGUGGCCAACCCGCUCGGCAGGAGACCGGCCACACCAGCCGACAGGGUGGUCAACCCCGUUGGCGGGAGGACGGCCAGACCAACCGACAGGGUGGUCAACCCGGUUGGCGAAGAACAAGGGGGACCAACCAACAGGGUGCUCAACCCGGUUGGCAGAGGCGGGGUGAUCAACCCUGGCCUCGAUCACAUCAACAGAGGCAGGGCGGCGGAGAUGCGGAGCACCGGAGAGCCUCGAGUGACCAGGCGGGCAGACGAGACUCCACCCCACGAGGAGAAGCGGCUUCGACGGCGGCUGGAGAACCAGCUCGGCGCAAGCCACCUCGCCACACCGUGGCCACCUGGACGGCCCAGGACGGCCAAGAGGCCGUCCACUUCGUGUCCAGGGUGCGAUGGAGGAACCAGCCCCGUCCAAACCCUUCCCAGCUGCCCGCCCAGAUCCCGCAGCCCUUCCGAGGGCAUACGCUGCCCCGUUUUUCGCUACCCGACGACCACCCAGACGCCUGCUGGCUGUGCCAAGUCCCGGUGGUCCACCAGGACACACACGAGGCCAGCCGCCGACACACUGACCUCUUGAAAAACAUGGGCCGCCCCGCCGGCGUCGCAGCAGCAGUACAACUACUUCGCCGGGAUCGGCCAGACCUUCUAGCUCCGGCGGCUCUCGGCUUCAGCCAAGCUACUGGAAGCCGGAGUCCUGCCCCCGACCAACUGCUCGUUGACGGGUUCGUCGCCGAAAACCCGGCGCUCGGCCCCUUCCCCAAGCACACACCGGCCCCACCAGUGCCGGCCCCCCGUUCGACAACUGCGGCCCCAUCCGCGUCCACCAACACCAGCGACGCGGAUAUGAAUGAGCGAACUUAA